CACAUAUUUAGCUAUUAUUGUUAUUAAACAAACAAACGAAACGAUGKCGAAAAUAGGCGAAACAAAAAUACCAAUUAAUGAAUUCCUCGACGCAUACAGACGCCAACCAUGCCUCUACAAUUCACUAUUGGACACCUAUAAGAAUCGUGUGGCCCGCGAAGAAGCAUAUGAAGCGAUAAUUAGAACAUUGAAAAUACCGCAACUGACAGUGCUCGAUAUUAAAUUGAAAAUCAAAAGCGUACGCACCGUUUACACAAAAGAAUUACGAAUAUUGAUGCGAGAGAAGGAGAUGGGCCGAUGCUAUGAACCAAAACUAUUUUGGUUUAAGCGCGCAGAUGCAUUUCUGCGCGCCGUUUCGCUAUCCCAUUGCAAACGCGUUAAGAGCAAAGAUGCAAAAGUAGUCAUCAAAAAGGAAACACCACAGAAAAUGGUGCUCAAUGCCGCUAGCCAGAUAAUUCAGGAUGCAGUGCAGCAGCAAGAGCAACAACAUCAGACGAAGGAUAAUCAUGAUGAGCUGGAAUCGAAUGGUCAUAUAGAUGAUGUAUUUCAUACGGAUGUGGAUGAGCAUGCUAAAACGACUAUGACCACAGGCACUAAUACCAAUAUACCUCCAAACGCAAGCAGUCAAACGGACGAUCUACAGAGCAUCUGCUCGGCACACUCCAUACGCAAUAAAAGUGAACUCAUCAUUGACGACUCGCAGCUAGGCCUUAUGGAACAGCAGCAACAACAGCAGCACCAGCAACAACAGCAGAAUCAGCAGCAGCAACAGCAAACGUUGCCGCGUAAAUUAAAGUAUAUGAACUAUGGGCAAAGCCAACAACAACAGACACAGAGACUAGCAACGCCCUUUCCGUCACCAUCACCAUCACAACAUUUGGAAUUAGCCACAAAUGGAAAUCCAAACUUGAGCUUCUCUGGCGGCGAUGAUGAUCUGUUUGCCUUUGGCCAAAGUAUUGCCUCACAAUUAAGGUCGAUAGUCGAUCCAUAUGCCCGGUCCGUGGCGAAGCUGCGCAUACAGCAAGUCCUCUUUGAGGCAGAGACCGGCCAAAGUAGCGAAGCAGUCAAUACGACGCAUCUGCAUAGUUUUUAGCAGUGCAACAAAAAGACCACUAUAAAUCUAUAAAU